AUGGGUAUAACGUAUCGACCUCUAGAUAUAUCGAACAGGGAGGAACUGAAACAUGUUCAGAGAGUCAUUGAUGCCGAUCUAAGUGAGCCGUAUUCCGUGUACGUGUAUAGCUACUUUUUCAAUCAAUGGCCAGAGGUGUGUUUCUUGGCGUUUAGCGAAAACGAGAAGAAUCCAGUGGGCUGCGUGGUUUGUAAAUAUGAGACCCACAGGGGCACCAGACUGCGAGGUUACAUAGGAAUGCUCGCCGUCGAGCACAAGUUUCGCAGACGCGGAAUUGCCAAAAACCUGGUUGCGCUGGCAAUCGAAAAAAUGCGGAAGCUAGGGUGCGACGAGGUAAUGCUCGAAACUGAGGUGGAGAACACAACAGCACUGAGCUUGUACGAAGGUUUCGGGUUUAUUCGGUUGAAACGUAUGUUCCGGUACUAUCUGAACCAGGGUGAUGCGUUCAAGCUGAUACUGCCGCUCUCGGAAAAGAGCUGUACCAGAACAACCUUCCUGCUGCAACCAGAGACGACAUUUGCAGAAUGA